UAUUACUGAGGAUCUCUCUCUCUAUUCGUUUUUUCUUCUUCUUCUUCAACUUCGAUGGCUUGAGUGGCCCAUUUGCACUCAUGCUUGCAGCCGAGGAGGGAUGUAAGCUACGGGCCAUCCACCGCCCCUCACAUUGCACGGAGUAGCGGCGUGAUUCAGGUCGCUAUCUGAGUGCCAAUAAGAACAACAACUACUUUCGAGAUGUGAAUGAUCGAGAUUUGCUACUCAUCCCACCGGCUCGCCUGUCCUAUAUGCUAUCGAUAACGGGAUUUCAAGAGGAACAUGAUUGUGGCAUAAACUAUUUCUGGAGACGCUUGUCACAGAUCUCGCCGCUGAACCGGACAGGGUGGAUGGUUAUUUCCCAAACAGUUCAAGCUUAUGUAUACUGCAUUCUUUUGUUGGAAUCGCUGCCUAGUAUCUUCGAGAACAGCGCAAGAGGAAUGCUGGUCCAAGAUCUAAUGCCACUUACUUUAAGUUGUUGGCCUUUUUUCUUCGGUCAUUGCCUUCUCUCACUGUGUUUACUCUCAUGCCAGGGAGAACUCCAGAGGUCAUGCUCACAGACUGUGGCGGAGAAAGUUAGUGAACAGUGCCAGCUGGCAUGCCACUGUAGAAGAUACCCUCCCCUCCCUCCUCCACCGCCUCCACCGCCUCCCCCACGGCUACUGGGCACCACAGUGGCAGAGCCCAUGGUGCCCUUGCUGAGGCCCUGGUGGACGGAGAUGGACAUUGUAGUGCUUGGAACGGUGGGCUGUGCCUCAGUUGUCUUCCUGCUGUCAGCCAUCAUCAUCUGCUACAAGGCCAUCAAGAGGAAACCACUACGAAAAGAAGAAAACGGGACAAGUCGUGGAGAAUAUGCCAUGAGCAUCCGUAACAAGAAGGCCAUGGGUACGAACAACACUGUGGUAUAGACUGUCUCCUGGUGGACGCAGGAAGUGGCAUCAUCAUUACCAUCGCUCACCGUAACCCCAAAUACAACAAUCCCUUGGUUUUUACGAAUAGGUAAAACUUCCCUUUUUCGCUUGGCGUGUUGCCUGGACUGAAGACACCAUUCAGCUCAAGAGAAGCUGCAAAAGAUGGAAGGUAUAAAAAAAAUUUAAAAAGCCAGAAAGGACGGAGAGAGAAAUCCACAAACCCCCACGGUGUAGAAAGUGGCACAGCAGGCUGGACGUGAUGCUCUUCCUAACAGCAAGUGUUGCUGACAGGCUGGUUGGCUUCUGGCUGGAGAGGGACCGUCUGCCAGUCUGCCGCAGAUCCAGACCUCACACACUGUUGACAUCUGCAGUGGAUCAACAGACGGUGCAGCAGCCCGGACAAGCCCGUCACACACAAUAAGUAACGUGCAUGCAGUUUUUACAGAGAAUGCAACAUUUUUUAUACUCCAAUUCCCACACUGUCCAUCUUUUGUUCUGCAUUUCUGAGACUUUGUGCGAGGCAUGAUGUUCCUGUCGGCUCUAAGAUGUGGAUUCAUCUGACUAUGCAAUUUUAAGAAAUCCAUAUAAAAAAAGGAGGAGCAGCGACGUCAACAUGGGACAUACUGGUUAUUUAACCAUGCCAAAAAUGCCACAGAAGACUUCGGCUCAUUGUAAUAUACUUCAGUCAUUCAUUGAAUUAUUUGCUCAAUUUAUUUACUUAUUUAUCUACCUUUGAAUUUAUUUUUCUACUUAAAAGAAGAAGAAAAACUGUCUUGUAAGUUAUUCACAUCUUUACAAAUCUUGAACAUCUUGAUGAACUCUUUUUAUUUCUCAAUAGAUACUUUUUUUAAAUGAAUCAUUUAUAAACCAUAUAAUCCAUGUGUGAUGCUCCGAUGCUUUAGGCCGGCUGUCAGUUUGUUGAGACACUGAUGCAGAAAAUUCGCUUGAGUUUUGGUGUCAGUUGUUUUGUCUCUGGCGGUUUGAAAUGCUUUUCUCUGUUUCCCUGAGAUUUCUGCUAAAAAGUCAGGGGUCUCUAAUGUGCUAUGUGAAUGUGUGUUUUCCAAACAUUAUUAAUGUGCUGCAUCAAAUGACAGUCCCCGUCUUCAAUUUGUUAUCUCAAGACAAGCCUCCCCUACUCGUUAAACCUGCAUUCGCAAGUAUUCUGGUUCAAUCUUGUAGUUUCAGAGUCUCGGGGUCAGUUAGAUGCCUUCAUUCAAGCUUUGUUUGGAUUGGACAAUCUUCAUUUUUCGAUCUGUCAAGAGGGGCUUAGCCCAUCGCUAUAGAAACUGGGGACAUGAGCCCAGGCCUGACCUUGUGACUGGUGAGAGACAGGAGACUUACCCACGAGCUAGAGAUCAGGUUGCACAGAGGAUUCACCAGAGAUGUGUGUGACUCAGGCUGUCGCCGGCAUCCUCCUCGUCCCGCUGGAAAACACAGCUGAGCUGAACUCGAGCGUCACUCAACGCUGCUCUGCUUUCAUACAUUAAAGCUGUGUGUGUGUGCAUUCAUGUGUGUGUGUGUGUGUGUGUGUGUGACUGAGUGUAUCUAUUUGUCUGUCUGUCCAUCUCUCUGUCUGUCUAUCUGUCUAUCUAUCUGUCUGUCUGUUUUUCUGUCUAUCUGUCUAUCUGUCUAUCUGUCUGUCUGUCUGUUUAUCUAUCUGUCUAUCUGUCUAUCUAUCUGUCUGUCUGUUUUUCUGUCUGUCUGUCUAUCUGUCUAUCUGUCUAUCUGUCUAUCUAUCUGUCUGUCUGUUUAUCUGUCUAUCUGUCUAUCUGUCUA